AUGGGAUCUCUAUUCGGAGUGCCAGCUAUAAUAGCACCAGCUGCUGCCUUUCUCCUCUGGAUCUUCUGGAAGGUUUUCCUGAAACCCAGUAUUCUUCCAGAUCUGCCAAUUGUUGGUCUCGACCGAUCGCAAUGGUUCGCGUGGCCCAGAACGCUUUACAAGUCUUUUCACGGCUUUCGCGAACUGUAUGGCGAAGCCUACGAGAAGUAUCUGUCCCAAGGGAAACCUUGUAUUCUGCCGGAGCUAAACGACACGCAAGUCGUUCUCCCUAGUUCGCUGGGCCAAUGGCUCGUAGACCAGCCAGAUGCCGUGUUGAGUUCGCAGAUGCGCCAAAAUGAACUCCUUCAGAGCAAGCACACCUUCCCUAUUCCAAAAAUGGCGGAAAAACCUCACCACGCCCAUGUCAUUAAAACAGAUCUCACGCGAAAGUUGGGCUCACUGUCAGAAGAGAUCUGGACAGAAUUGAAGACAGCUCUAGAUGAGCACUGGGGUACAAACAGUGAGGAGUGGCGGGAAGUCAACGUUUUCCAGACCAUAAUGCGCGUUGUGACCAGGACUUCGAAUCGACUUUUCGUCGGAGAGCAUCUAUGUGCCAACGAAGCCUAUCUGGAUCUGUGCAUGGCUUUUGCACAGGAUGUUCCAAUAGGCGGUAUACUGAUUCGUCUGAUGCCCAGUAUACUCCAUCCGCUUCUAGCUCCCAUCAUAACGCUGCCGAACCGCUAUCACAAUUACAAGAUACGGCAAAUGCUCCGUCCCGAGAUCUUGCGAAGGCUGCAGAUUGCGGAGCGUAGCACUGAUGAUGCUCCUAACGACUUCCUCCAGUGGUAUAUCACGUAUGCGAGAAAGUCGCUAGAGCCAGAAGAGAGCACCCCGAAGUUUCUAUCUGACCGCAUUGCUACUAUCAACUUCGCAGCGAUCCACACUUCCACCUUUACUGCGGUAAACACCAUAUACGAUAUCGUCAGCUCCCCUGGCAUGAACAUGAUUCUGUCUGAGAUCAAAACUGAGGUUCAAUCUGUCAUGCCACCGGGUGACGAGAGGUGGAGCAAAUCCAGCGUUCAAAGUAUGAUCAAGACGGAUGCUGUCUUACGCGAAUCGAUGCGCUACUCGUCCUUUAUGACCGGUGCCCUGCAACGCACAGUGGUUGCCACGGAAGGCAUCACCACGCCUGAUGGGUUGCACAUCAAACGAGGGAAUGUCAUCGGAGUCCCAGCUCUACCUGUCCAUCGUGACCCAAACACAUACCACAACCCAAACUCCUUCGACCCUCUUCGUUUUCUUCGGCGCACAGGAAAAGACAGCCAGCAGCAAAACAACAAGGAGAGCACAGUCCGGAGCACAAAUACAGUCGACACUUCCCUUAUUUUCCUGCCAUUUGGACACGGAAGGCAUGGUUGUCCAGGACGCUUCUUUGCCGCCAAUGAGAUCAAACUCCUUCUGGCUUACAUAGCUAUGAACUACGACAUUGAACCGUUGAGAAUCCGCCCUGAGCCGAUCGCGUUUGGAAGCAUAAUGACACCGAGCCCAAACAUUUCGAUAAAGAUAAGAAGGAAGAAGGAAUAA